CGGUUGAAUAUAUGUACCGCCACAUUUCCCCGGCUUCAUUCAUACGGUCCGCUAACAGUUCAGUAAGACAGUUCAUCGCUAGUUUACAAUGGGCAAGGAGGAUAUGAAGCUGAUUUGGGGGUCAGGAAGUAACCCCUGCUGGCGAGCAAUGAUUGCUAUCGAAGAAAAGGGAUUUGGUGACAUAGAAAAGAAGCUUAUAAGCUUCUCUGAAAAGGGACAUAAGGGCGCUGAUGUUAUGGCUAAGAACCCACGGGGUCAGGUUCCAACUUUCAGUGAUGGUGAUAUUAUCGUAAACGAGUCCUUGGCUAUCUGUCUGUAUCUCGAGAAUGCGUAUCCGGAUAAUGGCACCAAACUGGUUCCGAAAGAAAAAAUGGCCCAGGUGUAUCAAAUGGCCAUAGAGGCACAAGAAAAUCUCCAAAUGAAGAUCGCAGUCAAGUGCAUCUAUUACCAAUGGAGGUUGCCAGAGGAACAAAGAGAUGAGAAAACGCUCAAAGAAAACUUCCAAGCUGCUAGAGAGGAACUUCAAAUAUGGGAUAAACGCCUAGAAAAGUCUGGCGGUGAUUUUGUUUGUGGGGAUAAGUUCACGCUGGUUGAUGUGGUACUGUUUCCCUAUGUUGCCACUGUAAAACGAUUUGGCAACGACCUCAGCGGUUUUCCAAACCUCAAAAUCUACUACGAAAAGCUGUGCAAACGACCGAGCAUUGACAAGUCAUGGCCACCUCAUUGGCGCGAGGCAGAAUUGGCAGACGAGAAAAAGAUCCUUAAAGCUAUUUAACUUGAUGAUCUUUAAUAUACGAUUUGUUUAUUAAGUUGGUUUAAUGACUUGAAUUCUACUAAUGAAAGUUUACGAACUAGUUCCAGACAUCUAAGCUUGACUUGACUUUGCCUGGUGAUUUCAGAUUAACAAGAGUCCAACCUGCGAGCUACAGCUAAUCGAGAGUUAAAAUUUCAUAUCACCUUUCUUCAAUAAACAAUUUUUUCUAUUUUUUUUUUGUUUCAAUUGUUUUAAUUCUUCAGCAAUAGUUGGGAUAGGGAUAACCAGGGUUGAAGGGCACUGGGUUCAAUCCCCGAACAAUGAUUGCCCUUAUCACCUUUCUUCAAUAAACAACUGAACAAUGA